AUGGCCUCAAUCAUCGGACGCAGCGCUUUCCGCGCAACUCGCUCUCUCCGUGCCUCUGGCAUCAACGCUGGAUCCGACACCGCUGCCUCUGCCGCCGAACGCGAAGCCGGCAAGAACGCCCUCAAGCAGGGCGCCCGCAAGGACCCCGAGCUCUACAUUCUGCUCACCAUCAUGUCCGGUGCUUUCGGUCUCGCUGGCUGGCAUUUCUCGCGUAACCCCACCUCCUCCUCAUCCGAGAACGCCGUUAGCAAGGCACCCGACUCCGAGCCCUGGAAGACUGGCCGUGAUGCCAAGUACCAGUACCACCCCGGCGGUGACACCUCAAAGGCCCGCAAGGAUGCCCCCUCUGCCCUUAACGAGGUCAUCGUCCCCAAUGUCAACCUGCCCAGAGAGCUUCACGAGAAGUACAACAAGUGGGGCAAGGAGGGCUACUAG